CUCAAGGGCAAGCAGCAAAACUCCCAGCCAGCGAAGUAGAUUUCUUUGACCAUGGCACCAAAGGUCCAUCAACCUGGCGACGACUUGUUCAGAAAUGCAACUGACGAAUUGUGAUGUGCGCAAGGCAACAGGUGGAAGCUGUCUCAUUGGGGCCACAAGUCCGGGAGGGUGAGAUCGUUUUCGGUGUUGCCCACAUCUAUGCCUCCUUCAAUGACACCUUCGUCCAUGUCACCGACCUGUCUGGCAGGGAGACCAUCAUGCGUGUGACCGGCGGCAUGAAGGUGAAGGCGGAUCGCGAUGAGUCGUCUCCUUACGCCGCCAUGCUUGCAGCCCAGGAUGUGGCUGCUCGCUGCAAGGAACUUGGAAUCGGUGCCCUCCAUAUCAAGCUGCGUGCCACUGGUGGCACCAAGACACGAACACCAGGCCCUGGGGCUCAGAGCGCUCUGCGCGCUUUGGCACGAUCUGGCAUGAAGAUUGGCCGCAUCGAGGAUGUGACCCCGAUCCCCACUGACUGCACCCGCAAGAAGUGCGGUCGCCGUGGACGUCGUCUGUAAGCGGAACGGACCCGGACCGGUCGCCAGAGAUGGCCCCCUGCUGAUGGAGUUGCUGCAG